ACAAUUGACAAUUCCAAAACCAACACCUCUCUAUAGUAUCUCUCUCUCUCACACACACACACACACACAAAACACACAGUGAGAUAAAAAUUGUUCAUCCACACGGCGCAAUCAAAGCGGCUUCUUCCCGGUGUUCUCAUUCUCCACCGAUACAAACACACACACACUACAUACACACACACACUUUCCCCAAUUUCACAACCCUAAUUCACAAAUUCUUCACAAUCUUUCUUCAUCACACACGUUAAUUUCUCCAUACAAUCCAAUCGCACUAACAAAUUAGGGUUUUUUCGUUGAAAUUGAUAACAGAGGCGGCGAAUUAGGGUUUUUUUCGAGCGUUCGAUUGAUUCAGCGGUUGACGGUUAGUUUAAUUUCGGUUAUUUGUUCGCACUUGUUACGAAUUUACAACGUCGUUUUGUUGAUUAUUCACGAUUGUGUAUUAUCGGACGAACGUAAGUUAGGGUUAGGAUUUGUUUUGCCUGUUUGUGACGGAUUUUUAGGGUUUGGUGUGUAAUGGGAUUACUUUUGUGGUUCUUGAUGAUAUAAGACGGUAUUUUUCGUAUGGUAGUGGUGCUGAUUGAAGUUAUUUAUAAGAUGAGGGUCUUGUAAAUUUGUUUAGGGUUGAAAUAUGGAUGGAUUUUAGACAGUUGAUCUGUUUUCUUGAUUGGAAUUGAAAUUGUAGUGGAUAUUAAGGGUAGAUGGGGAUGAUGAGUAUUGUUUGACUGUAUACGCCAUCGGUUUUGGUUUAUUUUAUUUGAUAUGAUAGUGGUGGUGUUGAGAAGGCUUAGAAAUUUAGGGUAGUUUCUGAAGGUUUUGGAGGUUUGAUUCUCUCUCAGGGGCUUUUUGUAGCUGAAUUUGUUAAUUGGAUGGAGCAUAUAUAAGUUUUGUUGGAGGGAAGUGCGAAAGGGUUGAGAGAUUGAGCUAUAAUAUUCAGAUGCAUAUUUGAAUAUUAUGAUGUUUAUAUGAUGUUCAUCGUUAGUUAUGGAAAGAAGUGAACCUACAUUUGUACCUGAAUGGUUAAAGAGCAGUGGCAGUUUAAGCACAGCAUCUCACAAUCAAUCGCAGUUAUCCGCUUUGCAUUCUGAUGAACCAGUUGUAUCAAAGGGCACAAGAAAUAAGUCGCAUGUUAAUAUAAGUGAUAAUGAUUUAGGACGCUCUUCUGUUUCAGAGCGAACAACUUCUUCAUACUUCAGACGCACUUCUAGUAGUAACGGGUCAUCUCAUUCAAGGUCUUACAGUAGUUUUGGUCGGUAUUCUGAUAAAGAAAAGUCGGAAAGCAGGCAUCGCGAUUAUUCUGAUCCUUUGGGUAAUAUUUUACCAAGUAGGUUUGAGAAAGAUGGGUUAAGACGAUCACACUCAAGUGUAUCUGCAAAGCGUGGUGAGUCAUGGCCCCGUAAAAUAGUAGCUGACUCAACUGGUGCUAACAAAAAUAUCCAUAGCCAAAGCAAUGGUGGCGCUUUACGGUCUGGUGGCGGCAUUAGCGGUGUAAAGAUUGCGUUUGAGAGGGAUUUCCCAUCUCUUGGAGCAGACGAGAAACAAACGGAUCCUGAGCUUGGAAGAGUCCCGUCUCCUGGAUUGAGUAGUGCCAUUCAGAGCCUACCGGUUGGUAAUUCAGGUGUGAUUGGUGGUGAUGGGUGGACCUCAGCGCUGGCUGAGGUGCCGGUGAUAGUCAGUAGUAAUGGAAGCAACACUUCUGUUGUACAACCGACUUCAAUCUCUGCAACUACAAGCAUGACAACUGGUAGGAACAUGGCUGAAACUUUGGCACAGGGUCCUCCUCGCGCUCAGACUGCUCCCCAGUUGUCUACUGGAACCCAAAGGCUCGAAGAGCUUGCGGUCAAGCAAUCCAGGCAAUUGAUUCCCAUGACUCCUUCUAUGCCUAAAGCCUUGGCGUUGAACUCUAGUGAUAAGCCCAAGCCAAAGGUUGCACCAUUGCAGGUUCAGAGUUCUCACCUUGUUAACCAUGCACACUCCCCUCGACCCGUCUCUACAAAGUUCGACUCUAUAAAGACAUCUCCUGUCGGAAAACUUCACGUGCUUAAACCAUCACGUGAAAGGAACGGCGUGACACCAAUCACAAAGGAUAACUUGAGUCCAACAAGUGGUGGAAAAUUACCAGUUAGCCCUCUCGGUGUAGCAUCUGCUGUCGGUCCCGCCUCAUUGAGAAACAAUCCAGCUGUCGCUGUGGCAGAGCGCAAGCCCAAUGUAGUUACACUGGAGAAGAGACCCUCGUCUCAAGCUCAGAGCAGAAAUGACUUUUUUAACCUCAUGAGGAAGAAGUCUUUGACUCCUGUUACCCCUGAUAAUACUGGUACAUCCAUCUCUGCUAGUGAUAAGCCUGAUGAAGCUGAGGCUUCUACUGUAACUGAAGGUGGGUUACAAGAGUCUAGUGAGAGUAUAGCCUGCAAUGGUGAUGCUGAUGUGGCAACCAAGGGAUCUACUUCUGCUAACGAUAGUGUGAAGACGAAUUUGAACUCUAAUGGUAUUCUCUACUCAGAGGAAGAAGAAGCUAGAUUGUUACGUUUAUUUGGAUGGGAAGAAACUGCUGAAGAGGAGGGAGGUCUCACAGAAGAGGAGAUAAAUUCUUUCUACAGAGACGUAAGCAAGUACCUGAAUUCGCAGGCAGCCUCGAAGAUCUUUAAAGGGUCACAGCCAAAGUUACUGAUGACACAGAUGGGAAAGAAUGGUGAUAUUUCGUCCUGACUCAGAUGGAAUCAUGAAUUUACGGAGAAAACUUAAGAAGGUCUUGUUUUUUGGUUAAUUUUUUCUUCAUAUGGAGAUGGUAGUAGUGAGAAGGGAUUUGAAAGUUUUGAAAAGAUGGCAGUCAGAGAGAGAUGGGGAAUACAUAGUACAUAUACGGGUCGGGUUGAAUCCGUUAUAGCUUGAUGUAAACCAAGUCAUGUUUCUUUAAGCUGACUGUUCUACCCCUCUUGACUUGUGGGAUUUUUCUGGUGAUAAAAAGAAGAGAUAAUAGGAAAUAGGUUCCUAGGGAAAUUUGCUUCCGUUGUGCACAGAAAUCUGGCUUCUUGUUGGUUUUGCUUUUUAUUUUUCCUUGACAAGGGCUCCAAUUAAACAAAAAUAGCUUUUGUGGUUUAUUAUUUAUUACUAUUAUUAUGAAAGAAAAAAAUCAAGAAAUUUACUUGUA